CCUCCCCCUCCUCCCUGGGCUCCUCCACCUCCUCCCUGGGCUCCUCCUUCUCCUCCAUGGGCUCCUCCACUUCCUCCCUGGGCUCCUCCCCCUCCUCUCUUGGCUCAUCCACUUCCUCCCUGGGCUCCUCCCCCUCCUCUCUUGGCUCCUCCACCUCCUCCCUGGGCUCCUCCGCCUCCUCCCUGGGUGCCUCCGCCUCCACCCUGGGCGUUUGAGCCUCCUCCCUGGUCUCCUCCGCCUCCUCCCUGGGCUCCUCCGCCUCCUCCCUGGGCGUUUGUGCCUCCUCCAUGGGCUCCUCCGCCUCCUCCUCCUCCGCCUCCUCCAUGGGCUCCUCCGCCUCCUCCCUGGUUUCCUCCCCCUCCUCCCUGGUCUCCUCCGCCUCCUCCCUGGGCGUUUGUGCUUCCUUCCAUGGCUCCUCCGCCUCCUCCCUGGGCUCCUCCCUCUCCUCCCUGGGCUCCUCCGCCUCCUUCCUGCAUUCCUCCACCUCUUCCCUGGUCUCCUUCGCCUCCUCCCUGGCCUCCUCCGCCUCCUCCCUGGUCUUCGCCUCCUCCCUGGCCUCCUCCGCCUCCUACCUGGCCUCCUCCGCCUCCUCCCUGGGCUCCUCCACCUCCUCCCUGGGCUCCUCCCUCUCCUCCCUGGGCGCCUCCGCCUCCUCCCUGCGCGUUUGUGCCUCCUCCCAGGGAUCCUCCGCCUCCUCCCUGGUUUCCUCCCCUUCCUCCCUGGUCUCCUCCCUCUCCUCCCUGGGCGCCUCCGCCUCCUCCCUGGGCGUUUGUGCCUCCUCCCUGGGCUCCUCCGCCUCCACCCUGGGCUCCUCCAACUCCUCCCUGGGCGUUUGUGCCUCCUCCCUGGCAUGCUCCGCCUCCUCCCUGGGCUCCUCCUCCUCCUCCCUGGGCUCCUACACCUCCUCCCUGGUCUCCUUCGCCUCCUCCCUGGCCUCCUCCGCCU